AUGAUUACUUGUACCAAUCAGUUCUCGUGCAUAUUCAUUCCAGAGCCGGUUCAUCUCAAUAUAGUCCUCGUACAGGAUCAAAUCUUUGCACAUUUUGAGCUUGCUGAUGUCUUCAAUGUUUCUGAGCAGUUGGGGAUCUCGUCUCAAUCUGUUCUAAGGCUUUACUCUUUUUCUCCCUUUGAUGAAUAUUUGGAUCCUCUAGAUCAAGAGAUUGAACCGAAGCAGAAUCACACCACAAAUUCCACGAAUGACUACGAUCCCCUUAACUUAUCAGACAUCAAAAUUAUUGGCAAAGAGGACCCCCACCAAGGUUUUCACCCGAAUGUUCUUCCCAAUACUGAUUUCUCAGCGAUGUAUCAUCCCGAUAAUCAAUUUCGGCCUGUGACUUUGAGUACAGAGGAAUAUGUCAAGAGAUUUAGUCGAUCGGUUUCUCGAGACUUAUUUGACAUGGAAAAAUUCACCCGUUUUAGAACCUUCAUGACCACAGCACCUGACAAUCGCCCCACAAAUCUAAGGCUUGAAUCCAUUGCGAAGACUUCUGGACCAUUGACUGUCAUUAGUGAGUUUAAUAAUCCAAGAGUGAAUCUGGCUAUCGAGAAAUAUCUCUAUGACCAGAUGCCCGACCCUUCUAUUCAUAAGAGCUCAGCAAGGCUAACGCUUUAUAAAAAUUCUCCAUGUGUGGUCAUAGGGAAGAAUCAAAAUCCAUUCAAGGAGAUAAAUCUAAGAAAAGCGGGAAUCCACAGUAUCCCUAUCUUGAGACGAUACAGUGGAGGGGGCACAGUUGUGCACGAUUUAGGGAACUUCAAUUUUUCUUAUACAACGAGUAAACAGUCUUUUAAUAGGACAAAGUUCUCUGACGUCAUGAACCGCAAAAUAAAUCAAUUGAUUGGGCUGGACUCCGAUCUUCCAACGCCUAAUUUUCCUUUGGGUACGAACGAGAAAGGAGACAUUAUCAAUCAGCAAAAUCAGAAAAAGAUCAGUGGCUCUGCAUAUCAUAUAUCCAGAGGAAAAUCUUUACAUCACGGAACAAUGUUGUUAAACUCUGACCUGGAAAUGUUGGCUUCCUUGCUAAAAUUAAGCCAGAAGAGGAAAGAUUGUAUUAUAGAUAAAAGUACAGACUCGAUCCCAAGUUCAGUUGAAAACUUACACCUGCAUGAAUUAUUAUUUCAACAAUGUGCAAUAGAUGCCUUUACGGAGCUACACGGAUCGCAAAAUGAUUUUGAUCUGACUGUUUUCGAUAAUUCAACGAUCUUGAAUGGAAGCCAAAUUCUGAAAUUGAAUGAAAUAAACGAACUUCCGAAAGAGGUAUUUCGGAUUGCUAAAGAGCUUCAUUCGUGGGAUUGGACAUUCGGUAGAACUCCAAAGUUCCAAUUUGUCAUUGAUGAAGACGAUUUGAAAUGCAGUUUGACAGUUGAAAAAGGGAUAAUUACCCAAGUUCAGUCGUCAACACCGAAUCUGAACUGUCUUACUAAUAUCCCAUUUAAUAAUAAAGAAAUCUCCAAGGUUUUAGAUGGUCCACUUCGAGACAUUGUUGCUUGGUACAUCGAUUACAAUAUCAAUUAUACCGAGUUGGGUUUGAUUGCAGAUUGA